ACGAAAGGUUAUCGAAUUGAGGAAACGGAAGGAAUCAUCAUUCGAUCAGUUACACGUCUACCGAUCACAAAAAAUGAUUUCUGAUUGAAAAUGUUAUAAAAUAUUACAAAAAAUAUGUGAUUUUUCUACGAAAUUCCCUGCUUUUUCGAAUCAACCCAAUGGUCGGAUUGGGAAACGAUGAGUCAAAUUUGAAAAACUUUUUUUUAAUUAACUCAAAGUUUCGUUAUGAAGAUAUUACUUUUACUGGUAUUGAAAUGUUUCAUUUACUCGAAAAUCACCAUCGUCGAUUGCAUUCACGAAUCAGAAAUACGAGAUGUUUCUCUAGCACAAGUGGAAGCUGAGGAAAACAGCCUAGACGGAAUUUCAAACCAAGGAUGUUUUCGAAUAAAACGCGAACUCUCAAUACACGAUGAUCUUCCACUGUUUGAGGCAGGAAAUCUGGAUCGAUCACCCAGACGUAAACGAGCUUCGAUAGAGAAGAAAAACAAGAUAUUUUUCCGCCGACGAAAGAAAAAACUACAAAGGAAGAGUAAAAUACGAAAAAGUCUACUGAAAAGGGGGAAAUUCACCACAGCGACGCCUUACAGGCAUAUGAAGAAAUACGCCAGAGGAAAAGGCAAACUAGUCAGACCACCUGGAUUAAAGUAUAGAAAAGGAUACCGAUUCAAUACGUUCAAAAAAACACAAGAUGUCGCUUUGGGUAUCGGAGCAGGUGGCAGUGCAUCGGCCAAAAAAAGUCCACCCAAGAAAAGACCUCCAAUUCAUGUACGUGAUUAUGAAAGAGCUCGAGCUACUCGGAAAGCUGCCCGAGGUAGGGCAGGUGAACGCAAAGCACGGGGUGAAAAAGAUCCUAAACAAGAGAGAGCAGGAGGUAAGCGUAAAAAAGGAGGUCGUUUCUCAACUCCUGGACCUGAUGAGCCUCAGGGAGAUUAUUACGAUGAAGAUUUUGGCAAUGAUAAUGAUGUAGGUGAAGAUUCGUAUUCAUUACCCAAACAACCCAAGGCACCCAAAGGAGGUACUUUUGGCAGAAUCACCAAAACGUAUCCUUGGGGAAAUGUAACCAAGCAAAAGAAAUCCGCUAAAACCAUCAAGAAAGACUCCAUAUCUACUGACUACAGCGACGAAGAUAAUACCCUGCUUCUGUCUGACGAAGAACAAUUGACUGAUAUUUCUUCAGAAAUAGAAGCCCUCAGAUCUGAUAUAUCGGAUGAGCGACCCAAACAUCGUAAAAAUGCUAGUUCAUCCGAAUACGAGCAGUAUAGCUAUGCUGAAGAUGAUUCGGCAAUUGUCCAAGGAGAUAUUGCAUCCGAGGAUAGGUCAAUACGUGUUUCAUGGCCGCCAGAUUCGAAUUUAGAUCAAUCCAAAAUUAAGAAACAGGACGCUGCAGUGGAACGUAUCUUGAAAGGGAAGAAAUCCAAAGUAAGGCCACAAAAGACAACUUUAUUAGGGAAAAUAGACUACGAUGAAUCCGAAAUUGAUAAACUCGACGCUGAGGUGGAACGUGCCUUCAAAAAGAAGAAAUCCAAAGCACGUGGUAAAGAAAGCUCAGAAUACGAUGAUCCUUUCUUGGAACUUGAUGCAGGUUACAGAGAUGAAACAUCUUAUGACUCCAUUCCUAGUACAAAGUCAGGCAAACAAAAAGGUCAAAAGUCGAAAACUAAACCAAAAGCUAAAAAAGCUAAAACCAAAAAAUCAGAUAAAUCUAAGCCAAUGACUGAAUCAGAAGAAUUAGAAAUUAAUGAUGAAACCGAAUAUGAUGAUGAAGAUGCUGAACAUGCUGAACCUAAAUAUGCGCCAAAGUCUGGAACUGAAACCGAAAAUGAUGAUGAAGAAUUAUAUUCUGAUGAAGGAACAGAUACCGAGUACUAUGAUUCCGAUGACUAUGAAACAGAUUCUGAUGCAGAAACAUAUGAUUCUGAAGAAGGAACAGAUGAUACUGAUGAAGAAACAGCUGAUACUGUUGAAGAAACAGCUGAUACUGUUGAAGCAACAGACACUGAUAAAGAAACAGGCGACACAAGCCACGAUGGUGGGAAUGAAUUUGAUCCCUUUUACACCCGUGUGGAAACAUCUACUCCACUAAGAAGAAUACCAACUUGGAAAAGGACACAAAGUUCAAAUUUAAAACAAGAAACAUUAUACGAAGAAUACACAGAUACUGAUGAUGACAAGAAAAAGUCUAAGCAAUCCACAACGCCUAAAAAACUUCCAAAAACAUCUCAAAAAAUACCUUCACCUUCGUCCAAAAAAGGCCAUGAAACUUCAACUGAUGAAUCAGAUGAGUACACAUCUGAAGAAUAUUCCGACCAAGAAUCAUCUGAUACUCACAAGUUGAAAAAACACACUUCAAAACCAAAAGGCCAUGAAACCUCAACUUAUGAAUCAGAUGAGUACAAAUCUGAAGAAUAUUAUGACCAAGAAUCAUCAUCUGAUACUGAUAAGUUGAAAAAAAAGACUUCAAAACCAAAAGGCCAUGAAACCUCAACUUAUGAAUCAGAUGAAUACAAUUCUGAAGAAUAUUAUGACCCAAAAUCAUCUGAUACUGAUAAGUUGAAAAAAAAGACUUCAAAACCAAAAGACCAUAAAACCUCAAUUCAUGAGUCAGACGAGUACAAAUCUGAAGAAAUGAAAAAAAAGACUUCAAAACCAAAUAAAAUCUCCAAAAAAGACACCAAAACACAAGCUAAAAAAAUACCACCAAAACCUAAACAUCCAUCCAAAAACAGUCAUGAAACAUCCACCUAUGAAUCAGAUGAAUAUGAAAGUAAAGAGUACUCUGAAUCAGAAUCAUCUCAUUCUGAUAAAAACAAGCAAAUAAAAAUCUCUUCCAAACCCAGCCUUAAUUCUAAAAACAAUCCAAAAACAUCAGCAGCAAAAGUAACUUCAAAAGUGAAAUCUACCUCAAGAAAAAAUCAAGUGAUUUCGGAUCAUGAAUCAGAAUACACCUCAGAGGAACACACUGACUCUGAGUAUGAAUCUGAUAAGAGCUUUCAGGAGACCACAAAAUUGAAACAGGAUAAGAAAUCAAAAAAAGUUACCACUGGAAAAACAGCAACGAAAAAGAAUCAAAAAUCUAAAAAGGGUCAUGAAACAUCAAUGAACGAAUCAGAAAAAGAUUCUGAUUACAGCAGUGAUUAUUAUUCUGACGAUAAUAAUGAUGUGAAAAAUCUUGGAACAAAGGAUCUGAAAGUAACACCAUCAGGAAAGCCCACUCAUAAAACUUCCCUUGACACCACAAAAUCAAAAAAAGACAUAAAAACAUCACCUUCAUCAGAAAAAACAACUCUCAAAAAAGAUACAGUUACAAAAAGUCAAGCAUCCAAUAAAAUCAUACAACGUGAGAAAUAUUUACCCAAUCAAAUCACAUCAGGAAAACCAUCACUAAAAACCACCAUUAAGGAGAAACAAAUGGCUGAAAAAAGCACUAAAAAAUCACACGAAGUGGAAGAAUCAGAAUACAAUUCUAAACUAACAUCAUACGAAGACAGCUCUGAUGAAAUCAAUCAUCAGGACAAAGAUUCUCCAAAACGAGUCAGUUUUUCUGAUGAAGGUAUCAAGAAAACUACGAAUGAAAGCCAUGAAAUACCCCAUGAUGAAUCAGAGCAAUUAAACUCAAUAACCCCUCAUGCAGAUGAUUAUCCAGAAUCUGAAGGAUCCUCCAAUGAUGAAACAAAACCAAUGGCUGCUUCACAAAGUCAAACCACUUUAAAAAUAAAAAGAACAAAGAAGGGUUUUACAACUUUACCCACUACCACUACACCGUUCAACUCUGAAGAAGCUUUUAAAAAGAUAUCAUCCAAGGCUGCCGCCAUAACAAAAAAGCACGUGUUCGUUUAUGAUACAAAAAAGAAAGCUUAUGGUCUGGUUCGAGCAGACUUACUACACUCCCCAAAAACAUCUCAACCAAUUUCAAGUCAAUCAACCACUCAACCUUGCUCUCCUACAGUAAAUUCCCUAUCUACUACACCUCAUUCAGAAACUGAAAAUCCUGAUCAACCGACAUCUCCUCAUAAGACUGAAAAAACACUCAAAAAACGAGUCAUUCGUAAAAAGAACCGACCUCGGAAUUAAGAAGUGCUCCAACUGAAUUGAAUUUUCAGACAUGGUCACAAAUAUCCAAAGACAUGUCACAAACCACCAAAAAGAUACAGAAUGCUGAUGGAAAACCCUCAUAAAACCUUUAGCGAAGUUCACAUGAUCUACUUAGCUUAAAUAGGUACUGUGUGACUGACUUCAAAAGUAAAUCCCUGAUGACAGUCAGAUGACUAACAAUAUUCCACUGUUGAUGAAAUCACAUUCAAUUGUAGUCUCCGUCAGCUUAUAGCGAUUACCUGUAAAUUAAAAAAUCUCACCUGCUUCAGAAUCACUUUGUUGUGAUAUCAUUUUGUGGAACAAAUUUUUUUUUAUACUUUUAAUGUGUUAUUUUGAUAUACGUCUUGUAGUUUUAAUAUAGCAUUCAAAUACGUAAGAA